CCGAGAAUACCAAGGCUGGAAAGCCUUGAAUCUUCAUGAUUUUUUUGCCAGCCAAAGCAUGACAAAGCAGGUAGGAACACUUGUCAAUUUUCCAAGCCAUUGAGUUGGCAAAACUCCAAUCCUUGUCCUGCUAGCUUAGGCUGCUAUAAAUACCAGACAUCCAGGCUUAGUAAAUACUUUGGUAAUCUUCUUAUCUUCACCGAAUCUAGCAAGAAACUAUCAGCUCAUUUACUACAAAAAUUGCACACAAAGCUAGCCAAAACCAAUUCUGUUGAGAGCCGAUUAAGCUGGAUUUUUGCUGCACAUCUGGUGGAAUUUUCUUGCACUUUACUGCCCUUUUAUUAAAAGACGGUAACGAAAUGCUCGGAGACGGUGGGACCCACUGACGGUUGAGUUUGACCAAGUGCCGUUUUUGUCAACCUUUGUAUUCUAUGAAGUGAAACAGAAAACUACAAAAAUGAGGGACUUUUUGGAGAUAAUUGGGAUUUCAAACAACCGGGCCCACAUGGUGCUACAAAGAGAUUGCAUUUCCUUUGCUGAUUAGGAGAUUGGAGUUCUACGGGCAAUAGGAAACUAAAAGCAAGGAAUUCGGUAGAGCCCCACUUUUGGUUUGAUUCUCAAUUCCAGCGGGGACCACAGGGAUAAGAAGCUUUAGUCAUUGUUGGCUUUAAAAAGGAGACAAACGUGCAGAGAACUCUUAUCGAUCAAUAGUUUUAGUUUAGGCUUUUAGCAUAGUUUUAGUUUUCUUUUCUUAGCUCUUUCGCAUGGUUGUUCUCCAUUAAUGGAGGACUAACCUCUUAAUUCUAGUCAAGGGGACAACUGAAGACUUGAUUCAACAAUUACUGUGAGAUCGAAAUUAUUUUAAUCGCUUCCUCAUUUAUUGGUAUUUAUGUGUUUCCUGUUUUUAAUUAUUAUAGUCCUUAUGUAUGAUUGAUUAGUGCGCAAUAAUUAAUUAUUCAUAUAGGCUAAUUUGCUAAAUAGAGGUAAUUGAAUCCGUAAUUGUUCGUUAUCUCUAUCUUAGUAGCAACUGGCGUAAUUGGGUUUAUGUCAGGGGAGCAUACGAUCUAGCUUAAACAAACCCUCGUAGCGUGUUUGUUAGUUAGGAUUGGGUCUUUCUAAUUAUUAAUGCAAUCUAGAAAUUAAAUCCUACGGUCGUACCUAGGGUUGUUUUUGGGUUAGAGAAAUAGUUAACGGUCGUACCUUAACUAUCGAGAAAUUAAGGAAAGGUUGGUUGUUUAUCGCGUGCAUGGCGACUAUAACUGGUCUAUUAAUAAAUGUGGAAUUAUCUGUGAGUCGAUGAUCAGUGCAUGAAUCAUUUCUGAAGUGUACCCUUGGCUAGAGUUUUCUCUUAAUUAUUUCUCUUAAUCAAUUAUUUCCUGCAGUUAAUUUAUUUAGUUAGUAUUUAAUCCAAAACCCCCCAUACUUUGGACUCUAGAAGAAACGAAUUAUCCCCAGUCCCUGUGGAUUCGACCCUACUAACCGCUAUAUACAAAAUCUGUAUUUUUCUCGAUUAGAUAUUUAUUAUUGUACAGGUUCGGCACCUGUCAAUUUUUGGCGCCGUUGCCGGGGACUGGUGCCAGAUUAAUUUGUUUCUUUUUGAGUUCAUCUUGUUUUUAUUUUUUUUAUUUAUUUUUCUCUUAUUUUUUUUUCUAUAUAGUUUAUGGCUUCUAACACUCCGUAUUUUGGUGAUGUACUAGAUUUUGUUUCCGGGGAAGGCGAUGAGACUAGCUUUUUUGCUAAGUUUGCAUAUUCAGAGGCAGUAAACUCUAUUAGAGAAAGAAUGGCUGCUGCAACCUGUAAAAUUUGUUAUGCCAGGGAUCAUUCAACCAGUAUGUGCCCCGAAUAUCAAGAUAAUCUGAGUGUCUCAUUCAAUAAUUAUGGAGAUUUUUCACCCUGGUCUCAAACGUGGUAUGACUCUUAUUCAAACGGGUAUGAUCAAGGAUGGUGGGAUAAUUCCAAUUAUAAUUGUACAACAGGACCAAUGAAUUUUCAGCAGUAUGAGUCUCAAGAAUCAUCAUCUAUGUCAGGUAUGUCUCUUGAAGAAAUAGUUGAAUCAAUAGCUACUAAUACAUACCAAUUUCAACAGGAGACACAAAUGAGAGAUGGAAUGAUGAGGGAGGCAAUGAGUAAUCUGGCAGAUCAAAUUGAAGAAUUGUCCUCGAAAAUCAUUGUUGAUCUGGAAGAGAAUGAGAGUGAAAUUUGCCUGACUAGUGAUGAGGAGCUGCAAGAUUUUCAAGAAGAGAGAUGUACAGAUGCAGUUGAAAAAGAAGCCGAAAAGGAAGAAAUGGAACCCCAACUGCAACCCAUUCAAGUGAAAGAAUCCAGUGAAGAAUCAUCAAAUGUGGUGACACCACCUCCAUUCCCUAACCCGCAUUUUCUUAACUCUUACUCCAUGAUUUCUGUUAAUGAGAUUGAUUUUGUUAUACCGGAAGUUUUUGAGUCUCAUUGCAGAAAUGAGUUAAGAGUAGCUAUGGUCAAAUAUCUUGAACCAUUGAAUGCUCUUGAUGGAGGAGUGGAUGAGGAAUGGAGAUCACUGCUUGAGUAUUUGACGCCAUUUACUAGUUUACAGAAGAUCGUAGCUCGUGUGUUGAAAGAUUACUCUAUUUACGAGGGCUAUCAGGACUAUAUAGAGGAUGAAACACUGAAACGAGCCUCAAGAUUUUAUCCUCCCUGAACAAACAUGACAAUGUCUAGCCAAAGACAUUAAAGAAAGGCGCUACUUGGGAGGCAACCCAAGACUAUUUAUUUUAGUUUUCAUACAUUUUGGAAAUUUGAGUUAAGUGUUAGUGUCAAUUAAUAGUUUGAUGUUUGGUGACAGGAUCUGCGGACUCUAUAGCAGUUAAGUGUGCCCCACGCCAGGUGGUCACUCCUGAGGGAAAGAAAUUUUCGUUCAGGAUCUGCGGACUCUAUAGCAGUUAAGCGUGCCCGCGCCAGGUGGUCACGCCUGAGGGAAAGAAAUUCUCGUUCAGGAUCUGCGGACUCUAUAGCAGUUGGGCGUGCCCACGCCUAAGACAGGAGUUCCUCGUUUCUCGUGAAAAAAAAAAGCAGAAAAAAUUUUCAAAGGGCACGAAGCCCUACUCUUUUCUUCUUCUUCUUUCUUUUCUUUUUCUUUCUUCUUUCUUCUUCUUUUUUUUUUCUUUUUCUCCUCCUUCUUCUUGUGUUUUCCUCGGCCGCCGUCCGCACGUCCGCCGCCAUUGACGCCCUCCAGCAGCUCCAUCGCCGCCCCUCCUCAGCCGCGCCUCUCCCCAUUUCGAUCUCUCUCUCCUCGCUGCCGUCCACCACCGAACGUCGCAGGUGUGCUCAGCUACACGCGGCCCUUGCUCCUCGCCGUAGCUGCUGUCCGCCGUGCCUCCAAGCCACCAUCGCCACCAGCCCUUCAGCCCUCCACUUGAGCACGCCACCAGCUCCUCGCAGCUUCUACCUCCACCACGGGCAGCUUCACUUCGCGGCCAGGAGCUGCCACGAGCCCGACAGAGCGCCGCCCAUCUCCCCCUUCGCUGACCAGUCCGCCGCCGCCUCUCCCUCACCAGCGGUCAACCUCGCACUUCACCAGGCGCUCCAGCUUCGCCCACAACCAGACCAGCUCGCGCGCCUCCACCACCAGCUCACGCCGCUGCCAGAUCUCCUCUCUCCACCACCACACGCGAGCUCUUCCUGCUUCACUCCUGAACAGUCACGCGACUGCAGCUAGCGCGCCACCCCCCACCAGCUCGCGCCACUCUACCCCAACCUCUUCACUGUUGCUGCUCCGCCACUCGAGCCAUUCCCACCUGUCCAAAUUGACAGGUGGAGGUAUUGUAAUUUCCUCUUCGAUUAGUGUUUUUCUGGUUCAUCAAUUCCUAAGAUUUUGCACAUUUUUUUUUUCGUGGGUUUUGUGGUGGCUGAAGCCAAUAAGUAAUUUGGGUAUUUUCUGGGUUUCAUUGUAAGGGUGCAAUUACGUCUAAUUGCUACCAUAUGUGGGGAUAUUUUCUGAUUUUUGUUAAAUUGUUGGUCGCCUGACCUUCCCUGUGUGUAUACCAGUGGUACUGGUUGGAGUUUUUUGUUUACAUUCAUUGAUUUUAUGUGGUCGCCUGUCUGAUUGCGAGCUAAUAACCUUGUACUUCUAUUGUUGUUCGCAUUUUGACCUGUGGUUGCUGAAAUUGCCAAUUUCUGGGGUCAUUUGCUAUUUUUCAUAGGUUGGAUUUCUUGUUGGAUAUAAGAGAGUGAUAUUUUGGGCAUUUUCUGGGGUUCACUUUGGGCUGAAUUGAGUUUAAUUGCUGCCAUAGUUGGGAUAUUUUCUGCGUUUUAGUGAAUUGUUGGCCGUUUGAUUACUUUUUGCCUGUGACUCACCAGUGGUACUGGUUGAGGCCUUUUGCCUAUCGGUAUUGCUGCUAUUUGAAGAUACUUGCUUAUUUUAAAGUUUAAGCUCUUGUGGUUGAGUUGCUGCCGUUGAAUUUAAUUCUUUCCUGUCUGUGCACCAGUGGUACUGGUUGUAGUGUUGCUUUCCAUUUCUUAAUCCUCUGUGCCGGACUACCUAUUUGAUUCUUGAGUUUUGGUGUCUGAACUGUUUCUAGACUUCUAACCAGUGGUCAAUUGCUAAUUUUAGCAGGUUGAAGUGGGUAAUUGACUGUCCAAUUGGAGACAGUUGUUCCGAUAUUGGGUCCGAUUGUGUCUAAUUGCUGAAAAUUGUUGAUUUACUAGGACACUAGCACAGUUCCUAGUUUGUUCGAGUUGCUGUUCUGUUGCAUUAUUGGGAGUUGUGCUCUAGUAUUGUGGCUACUUUCCUGCAUUUAUUUGUUGAAUUGGGAUAUGCAUGUGCCGUUUGCAUUUCCUUGUUGAAGUUGGUUGCUUCUAAUUCACUUGUUUGGACCACUUUGUUGCGAUUUUGGGGUCCAUUGAUUCUGCAUUUGACUAGUUUGGGACCACAGGUGCUUAUUGAUUGCCAGUGCUAUAAGUGUUGGGGUAUUUGUAUGUCCUCUGGGUGAUUGAAUUGUGCACUUUGCUCAUUGGGUUGGCUUUAAAAUUGUUAUUGCUUUGAAUUUCUGGCAUCCAUUAUUUGUUGGCAAUUGUAGUCUCUUAUUGCUUAGAGUGAUAUCGAGAGUCCAUGGUGAAGCCACGAAUGGCACCAGCUCCAGUUGUGAGUUGAUCCACAAUUUUCACCUGAACCGCCCCUAUUUUGAUGACUUCAGGGAAGUACCGUUGCCCCUCUCCUUCCUUCUGCUCUUACAUUAUCACAUUGAGGGUAAUGUGUGAAUUAGGUGUGGGGGGAUCGUUGUGGGGGGGAUCGUUGAACACCAAAUUUAAUGUUGGAUUGUUGUCUCUAAUUCUGAUAUUGCCAAGUUUUAGUAAUGAAAAGGUAUUAAGUUAAUGUGGUUGAGUUCAGGGGUAUCUCUUUGGUGAAUAUCGGUAAUUGUUUAACUUUUCCAAUUUUUGGUUAACUUUUCUAGGCAUAGGGAAUGAUUGUUAGCAUUUUUCAUGUGAAUUGGUCCAAUUAUUAAUUUUAGUUCUCCAUAUUUGGAAAUUUGAGACUGGCUGCUGUUAUUUCUGUUAUUGUGCUAUAUGGUUGUAAAUAAGAGUUGAUUGUACUCCGCUAGUGGUUACUACUGAGUAACCGGGGAUCUUCACCUAAAGUGUCGAUUCUCGCGUCAAAAGGUAGUUGUUACUAUGAGUGCGUGGUCCCGUAGCAAUUGGAGCUGAGUAACCGGGCUCCUCCAUCUGGCAAAUGUUGGAGUUCGCGUCAAAAGGCUCUAAGGGCUAUAGACUAAGUCUUUUGUUACUCAAAAAAAAAAAA